AUGGAUCGAUUAUUACAAGCAUCAACGACAUCAGAGAAAUACAAAAGUAAACGUCAAAGAGGGUUAGAAAGUGGAUGUGAUGAGGUAGAGGCUGAGCAAUCUAAUGAAAAUUCUGCAAAAGCAAAAGGGAGCACAAUUGAAGUGUCAAAUGGUCUUGUUUCAAAAACUGGUGAAAAAGUUUUAGUUCAAGUUUUUGCAUUACCUGCAGUUCAACUGACAGCAAAGGGUGACAAGAAUAAACAUCGUACAAAUUUGGAGGGUGGAUGUAUUGUUGAAAAACAAAGGUUUUUAAAGACUUUAUGGAGGAUGUGUUUCUCUCAUUGGAAAAAAAUUCCUACUAUGUCUUAUCUACUUCCUGCACCUACUUACAGUCAUAGGUGUAUGGCUAAAAAAUUUGCUUUUGAAUCACUUCACUUAUGUUGUGAUGAUGGAGAGAUCAAGAUUGCUGUUAAUGAGUACCCUGCACUGCUUGUGUGGUUAUUAACUUCUACAAAUGAAGAAGCAAAACAUUUUAGGAAGUAUGUGCGAUUGUAUAAUAAUGUGUUCGCUUUCACUUCAUUGGGCGGUGAUCACAAAGCUGAAACAAAGAAUGGAAUCUAUGUUUUUAAGUUACAUGGACAAAUCUAUCACAAUAUUCCCAGUUUAGUUCCUGGAGAAAAAGGGCAACAAUAUAUGCAAUUGUACUUUUAUGAUGGACAACAGGAAUUAGCUAAUCGUGUAAAGUGUUUUUCUACAUUAAGGGAAAAUAUUUUGUCUAUGUUGAUGGAGAUUACAAAUCUGAAUCCGUAUGCCAGGUUCUUUCGAAGUUUGAGGGAAGUUACAAUUAGUGAUUCAACACAGAUUCUGUUGAAUAAGACUACAGUUCCAGAUCAGCGUGUUUAUAAUGCUCCAACUUCAGAUGAGGUUGAUGUUAUUUGGGCAGAGAAUACUUCUUCUAGUGAUUCUGAAAGUCCACACAUAUUAGUCAUUAGUGUAAAUGAUUCUCUUCAUAUGAUCAAACACUAUUAUGGUUGCUAUGAUCCUUUACAGUAUCCAUUGCUAUUUCCAUAUGGUGAUUGUGGGUGGACUCAAGGUCUAAAGAAGAUGUCUAUGGGUGGAAUACAGCAGUUACAGUCUCAGACAGAUCCAGUUUCUUCUUGUAGUAUACAUACAACUGAAGAGUUGUUAGAUGAAGAAGCUAGGCGUGCAAAUGGAGGUUCAUCCAAGGCAGAUAAACAUAUUUCAGCUCGAGAAUAUUAUGCAUAUAGACUUCAGUGUCGUUCGAGAAAUUACUUGCUCAGAGCUGGAAGAUGUUUUCAGCAAUAUAUCGUUGAGAUGUAUGUCAAGGGACUUCUUGACACCAUAGACUGUGCAGAAGAAUGUGCAGCAAAUGUUGGAAGACGAGUUAUAUUGCUUGCGACAUUUAUAGGUGGUCCUCGAGAUUUGAAGAAGAGAUAUCUGAAUACGAUGUCAUUAGUUCAGAGAUUUGGCAAGCCUGAUUUGUUCAUAACUAUGACAUGCAAUCCUAAUUGGCCUGAAAUUAAACAAGAACUUGCUAUUGUAGAAGAAGCACAGAAUAGGCCCAAUAUUGUCUCAAGAGUUUUUAGAGCAAAGACUCUUGAUGACUUUGAUAAGUUUGUUUGUGCCGAAACUCCAUCUUCUGAGAAUGAAUAUUUAAGAGAAAUUGUGAUCAAGCAUAUGAUGCAUGGUCCAUGUGGUCAUCUUAAUCCAGAAUGCCCUUGUAUGAAACAUAAAGAACAACGUGGACGUUGUAAGUAUGGUUAUCCAAAGAAAAAUUGUGAAGAAAUAAAGAGUAAUGGUGUUGGUUAUCAUAUGUAUCGAAGGAGAGCUACGUGUGAUAUUGUUAAAGUUCGGGGUGUUGAAAUGGAUAAUUCAUGGGUGAUUCCAUAUAAUCCAUAUCUUUUAGCAUAUUUCAAUUGUCAUCUAAAUGUUGAAGUUUGUUCAACUAUUGAAGUAGUGAAGUAUCUGUAUAAGUAUGUUUAUAAAGGACAUGACAAGAUAUCUUUCAAUAUUGUGCAGACAAAAGAUGGAGUUCCUGUGCAUGAUGAAAUUAAACAGUAUCAAUCAGGCCGAUGGGUUUCACCCUGCGAGGCUAUGUGGCGCCUUUUUGGUUUUGAUUUAUAUGAAAUGUAUCCUCCGGUUUUACCUCUUCCAAUUCACUUGCCUAACUCUCAGCUGAUACAAAUGAGACCUCAUGAAAAUCUUACAGCAAUUGUUUCAGAUGAUAAGCGUACUAGGACCUGUUUAACAGAGUUCUUUAAAAUGAAUUGUAAAUUAGCUUUGGGAACAAGAUGGCUAUACAAUGAAUUUUCUGAGCAUUAUCGGAGUCCAAAGUCGUUUCAAGAUCUACGAAUAGUCAAUGGUUAUGUGUAUGACACUUUUGAGCAGGUAGCACUGAAGUUGGGAUUAAUGGAAGAUGACGAUGCAGUUGAGUUGUGUUUAACUGAAGGAUGUGCCAUUCAGAUGCCUCAUGUUAUUCGAAAAUUGCUUGCUACAUUUCUUAUUUUUUGUCAGCCUAGCAAUCCUUUGUCUUUGUGGUUGAAAUAUUAUGAUUCAUUUUCAAAGGAUUUCCGACAUAAACAUCCUACAGAUGCUGGAAGGGUGAAACAGCUAACCAUAAGAUCAGUUGAGCAGUUUGUUGAGUCAAUGGGAAAAAUCAGAUCAAUGAAUAAUAUUGUUUUACCAACAGCCACUUCAGGUAUUGCUGCAGCCAAUAUUCCUUCAGGUAGAGCUGCACAUUCACGAUUUAAAAUCCCUUUAGAUCCUUUAGGAUCUCUUGCUUGUAAUGUUCCUAAGCAGGGAAGUCUAGCUAAACUUAUAAGGGAAACAAUGUUGAUUAUUUGGGAUGAAGCUUCUAUGGCUAAAAAGGAGAAUAUCGAAUCCCUUGACUCACUACUCAGAGAUAUUUGUAGUUCAAGUGAAUUAUUUGGAGGCAAAAUAGUAGUUUUUGGUGGGGAUUUUAGACAAGUUCUUCUUGUUGUUCCACGCAAAACACAGCGAGAGGCAAUUACUGCGAGUUUAGUCACUUCUGCUCUAUGGCCACAGCUGCUGAAGUUCAGGCUUACUGAAAACUUAAGAGCUAAAGAUGAUCCUACGAAAGCCGCUUUUUUGUUGGCACUGGGAAAUGGUGAAUUGCAAAACACCGAAGAUGCAUUUGUUGAGCUGCCACCGGAAAUUGUUAAAUCAUGUUAUAAUAGAGAAGCUGAUAAUAUACAUCUAACAGUUGUAGCAUUUCCAGAAAUGGAUAUGCUUCCAUUCAGCUCAGAUAUUUUUACUACAAGAGCUAUUCUGACACCGAUGAAUGAGGAUGUUGAUGUUAUUAAUUCAAGCUUAAUUUGCGAAUUCCCAGCUGUAGUAAGGAACUUGGAUGCACAAUGGAGAGCUAGAGAAGAUGAUCUUCCAUUCCAUUUGUCAUUAGGAAGCAAAACUGUCAUUCGGUCUUUGGAUCCUGAAGGAGAAACAAUUUACCCUAGAUAUCAAACACUUGCUUCUAAUCCAAGCAUCCCUGUCGACGAUGACAGAGAUUAUAUUCUCGUGAUAGUUCUAUAUGCAUCAGAAGAGCCAAGAAGAAUAGUGACAGCAGCUAACAAAGAGACAUCAAUUCGAGAUCUUAUGGUGAUAUAUCACAGGACAACCCUAACUUUCAAUGUCUCUGAUGGAACAGGAUCAUUGGAACUCAUUGCAUUCACUUAA